CGUGAGUUGUGAUUGAGGAGGCUUUACUUCUGUCUCUACAGUCUCACUAACACACGUCACAACAUGGUCCUGCUGCCGCGCUGCGUUUUUAACAGAUUCCUCCAGCAGUUUAACUCAGGGAAUCAAGAAAAAGCCACUAAAAGUCUGCUGUCAGCUGGCUUCCCCUCUGCGCUGCUGGCUGGACACAGGAGCAAAGCAACUGCUGUUCCAGAUGUAAGGGAGCGGACUCUUAUUGCUGUGAAGCCUGAUGGAGUUCAACGUCGUCUUGUAGGACAAAUAAUCCAGCGUUUUGAGCGGCGGGGCUUCAAGCUGGUCGGCCUGAAGAUGUUGCAGGUGUCCGACACUCUCCUGUCUCAGCACUACACUGAACUGAGGACGAAGCCUUUCUAUCCAAGGCUGCUGCAGUACAUGACCUCAGGGCCUGUUGUUGUCAUGGUAUGGGAGGGGCAUAAAGUGGUCCAGGCGUCACGUACCAUGGUGGGACACACUAACCCAGUGGAGGCCCAGGCAGGCACAGUCAGAGGAGACUUCAGCUUUCAUGUCAGCAGGAAUGUGGUUCAUGCCAGUGAUUCUCUGGAGGGAGCACAGAGGGAGAUCCAGCUGUGGUUCCAGAAAAAGGAGCUUCUGAACUGGGAGUGCUGUGACCAGACCUUUACCUGUGAGGUGUGAGGACGCUGAGAGCUGGACGCAGUGAGAAUCAGUCAUACUACCUCUUCUCCUGCUGCUCAGAGUCACAUUCAGUGUUACUACCAAAUAAUUUACCUCAAUAGGUGCACUUAGAGAGACACAAAGAUUUUUGUUGUAACUAAUGUGAGUUGUUUUUAUAAAUCAAGCAACAUAAGCAAAGUGCAAACAAAUCAAUAUUUUUCUAAACCGCAAAAAUAAGAAAAGUUUGCCUUUCGUCUCAGGGUGAAAUGUGUGAAGGAAUAUUUGUAAUUCCAUCCCGUGCUACGCAGUAUUUUAUCAUUAUGUGUGAUAAUGUGUGAGUUCUAGUGGCUCAGCUUAAUUGAACAAGAAUGACAGAUGCAGAAAAAGACACAAAAUGACCAAAAAAAGACACAAAAUGAUGCAGAAAAGAAACAAAAUGACCAAAAAAAGACAAAAUGACUAAAAAAAGACACAAAAUGACAAAGAAAAGACACAAAAUGAUGAAAAAAGGAAACAAAAUGACCAAAAAAGACACAAAUUGACCAUAAAAUUAUCAAAAAAGACACAAAAUGACCAAGAAAAGAUACAAAAUGACCAAAAAAAGACACAAAAUGACAAAAAAAAACCCCGAAAUGACCAAAAAAAGACAUGAAAUGAUGGAAUAUGGAUGGAAUAUUUGUAAUUCCAUCCCGUGCUACGCAGUAUUUUAUCACUAUGUGUGAUAAUGUGUGAGUUCUGUGGCUCAGCUUAAUUGAACAUGAAUGACAGAUGCAGAUAUUGUUAGUGGUUUAGUACCUGAUUUUUACAACUAAAAUAUAUAUCAUGUGGCUCAAAGCAUGUCGAACAUCAACAACAACAACAACAAACAUCAACAACCAAUCUAAUUAGCUUGUGGUCUGCAUAGUUUAAACCAGUAGUUCUCAACCUUUUUGAGUCGCGACCCCCAAUUUAACAUGCAUGUUGUCCGCGACCCCCACUCACUGAACACAAUCUCACGGUUCAGAUCACCUAAAAAAGAAACAAAA